AUGACAGCACGUCGUUUGAUUAAUAUAGUUCCUAAUACGUCUAAGCUAGACCCUUUAAAGGAGGAGGACUCAACGCAUCUGAAACAAAAUCAACCUAAGAAGUUUUCCACAAAGGAGUUGAUGCUUUCAGAAUAUACCGAACGCAAAAGUUGCAGCCUUCCGUUGUCUAAAUCCCGAUCAGGCAGUAGUGCAUCCAGUAGCACUACAGGUUCGAACGGAAAGAAUAUUGGAACAAGACGCCCUAGCUCCAACCUAGAUUUCAAUUUCGCUAGCCAAGAUGUUGUUAAAAAUGUAUUAGGUAAUAAUAAUCCACACGUACCCACAGCGAAGUGCAUUAGGCCAAUAUCAGAUGAUUCUAUAGGUACAUCGAGCACAGAGAUAUUUUCUUCAUCGCACUCAAAUACGACAUCUGAUUCUUUAUGUACAUCAGAUAUAAGCUCAGAAGAGGGUGAAAUAGCAAACAGUAAGAUGGAGGAUAACUGCUUCUUCAAAAGUAUGAGAGAAGCUGACCAUAGAAGCAAUAUUACGCCCUUAAAGAAAAGCCGACCGGGAUCAAUACUACAGAAAACACGUACAGCAAGUAGCGCUGAUAAAACAAUCUGCUCAAUGAGUACCAUAACUACAUGCAUUCCAUCUCGUCAAAAUUCGGUGUCAACUCCUAAACUCUCCAGGACAGUAGGGCUGCCUGGAUCGAGCAAUACAACCAACAGUAUAGCCGCAUCACAAACUUCAUUCAUAAGCGAGAAUGACUCUCCUCUUAAACAUCAUUGCAUGAGUACCGCAACUAUCCAAGAACCAAAACUCAUGCCGAUCACAAAAACGCCGUAUGUGCAUUCCAAUAGUACUUCUGUAAUAUUACCAUAUAAAACAACCCAACUUACUCCUUCUCAACGUUACCGUUUAAGGAAAGAGCAAAAUGACCAAUCUUUGCGUAAAGCCAUAAAAAUGAAAGAAAAAUUUUAUGAAGAUCAAGACGUUAACUUGGAACUUCAAGAGGGCGAUGUCGACGGCUCGUUAAUUUGGAACAUUCCAAUGGCAUCUUUAUCGACCAGUUCUUUUUUAACAUUAUCUAAGUUUAAUAGAAAAGAAAUGAGUUUAGAUUCAGCGCGGGGGGAUGAAGAGAUAUUAAUACAGGAGAACAAUUGCGAAGGCAAACAACACUCAUCUUCGGCUCUCUGUGUGGACAAAACUUUCCAUCAGGUUCAUAGUACUAGAAAACAUACAUCAAAUUCAAGUAACACUUUAAAAGAAUCAUGUCUGGACUAUAAGGAGCUUCCGCCAACAUGCAUUCCUGGUAUAUCUCCUGUGUCUGAUUCACAGUACAUCCAGGAUACAAUGAAAAAUCUCUCCCAAAUAUACCUGCAUAGUUCCGAAAAAAUCUCCAAAAGUAUUCUUUCUGGUCGUUCAAGAUCUGUACAGAGUUUACCACUGGAAUUUAAAGAAGCCAGUAGUCAGGGAAUGGAAGACCUAAUGCUAGUUUCAGAGGACAAACUAAAGGCCGUAAGUCAUUUCCGUCCGAGUUGGCUCCCGCCCAAGGAUUUCAAAGAGAGGAAAUUGCAAGAUAAACAAAUCUACAAAAAUAUCGACUUAGCAUCAAUGGAAGAGUUGCAAAAAAAUAAAGAACGUGACGAAAAAGCCAAAAAGAAUGAGCAGAAUAAGGUCAAAUUCCAGCAUUUACUGGACCGAGGCAUUACUCGUAACUCGUCAUUAAGUGAAUUAAAGAAAAUUAUUUGGGAAACACCUUUGAUAUCUAAAGUACGGCUUCAAAUAUAUAGUCAACUUCUACAAAGUGACAAUUGCUUGAUAACAAAAUGUUUUAUUGAAUCAUUUGAGGAAGUAAUGCAGCUACUCAACAAAAUGGAUUUUCCCAAAGAUAAAGAAUUUGAAAUAAGACAGCUUAUUGAACACGAUGUACAGGAAAAGGUUUUUUAUAAAAAUGGAACAGAUAAGCAAGUGGUUUCUGACUUGAUGCUAUUACUGCAACUGAAAUCUAUAUCUCAACAAGGUUUGGUUACUGGUGAUGAGAUGCUAUUCUACCAUUUUUUAACUGAUCAAUCUUUUGGGACUUUGAAGGAAACAUGGGAAAUGGUCAACUUGAUACAGAUGACGUGCUUCAGUGAAAUUUGCAAGGAAAAAUACGAUUCAAGAAUAUUAAAUCCCAGAGGAAUUGUUGCCCAUCUUUUACGAAAAGAUGAGUUCAAAAAUGAAUUCAAUGGCGGAUGUUUGAAUAGCAAUACAUGGUGGAACAUAUUGCAAAGAAUGGACCAUAAACUUUUUAUGUGGGUAAUGGAUGUAAUUAUCGUUCAUAAUGGCCAAAACUUUGCAAACUACCCCGUAAAAAUGGAAAUAUUCAAAGACAAAGUAUGGGAAUACUAUAGAUCUAAGAAGGUUAUUGUAAAUUAUAAGAUUUUGGUUUCACUAACAGUUAACGUAUUGUUAAACUACCACUUCGGAUAUGAUAAUCUGAAACAUUUAUCAGAUUUGGAUGAUAAGCAUUUUUGUAUUCCACUGUAUACGGAGGAUAGUAUCGAAGAGGAAAACCUCAAUAAUAUUUUCACAAAGUGGUGGUUGCACUACUACCGAAAAUUACGUUAG